AUGUUACGUCCACUUGGUGCUGCGAUUUUUGGUCUUUUAGCAGAUCGUUAUGGCAGAAGAUAUCCUUUGAUUCUUGAUAUAAUUUUAUAUAGUCUGAUGGAAUUAUUAUCAGGAUUUGCUCCAAAUUUUACAAUUUUCAUGGUCUUUAGAGCAAUUUUUGGAAUCGCAAUGGGUGGUGAGUGGGGUUUAGGCGCUGCUAUGGCAAUGGAAACUUUACCACCUGAAACUCGUGGUAUAUUUUCUGGUAUUUUGCAGCAAGGAUAUGCAUUUGGAUAUCUUUUAGCAUCAGUUGUGUAUUAUUUUGUAAUAGAUAGUCUAGGUUGGAGAGCGCUGUUUUGGAUAGGUUCAUUUCCUGCUUUGCUAGUAAUAUUCAUAAGAUUUUUUGUGCCAGAAUCGCCAGUAUGGAAAUCACGACACGAAAAAAAUAAUCAUUCUUCUUCCUCUAAUCGUCGUGGUAGUGGUACUAAAUUAUGGUUAGCAGAUAUUAAACUAGUAUUGAAAAAUCAUUGGAAAAGAUUUAUUUAUACCAUAUUGUUAAUGACUGGUUUUGGAACCCAGGAUUUAUAUCCAACAUUUCUUCGACUUCAACUUGGAUUUACGUCAAUUCAAAUCACAACAACAUUAAUUAUAGCAAACGUUGGCGCAAUAAUCGGAGGAAUGUCUUGUGGAUAUUUUUCAGAAUAUUUAGGCCGUAGACGUACCAUCAUAAUUUCAGUAUUUUUAGCUGGAUGUUUUGUACCUUUAUAUGUACUUUCUAGGAAUCAAAUUUUGAUAUCUAUUGGCGCAAAAAUGGAUCAUAGAUUUGUUUCUUCAACAGAUUUGGAAGAAGCUAAACGUAAAAGGGCAGAAGAAUGGAAAGCUGCUUAUGAACGACUUGGGCAAAAACCACCCGAAAAAGAAAAAGAAGAAUAUGAUCCUCGCACGUUAUAUGAAAGAUUACAGGAACAAAAAAUGAAAAAAGAAGAAGCAUUUCAAGAGAUGACGCGGUUUAGUAACUUGGUACAUAGACUUGAUGAAGAUGAAAUUGAAUUUUUAGCAAUGUUAGACAAUGAAGAAAAAAUUAAAGAAUUGGACAAAUCAAAAAAAGUAGAAAAGGAACUUGAAGAAUUUAGACGUAAUAAAUUAAAUUCAAAACAUGAUGUACAACAAAAGAUUCUUGCUAAUGCAAUUAAAAAAUCUAAUAAAGAUGAUCAUGACAAUCAUGAUAAAAGUGAUAAAAACCAUAAGAUUAAAGACCAUACCAAAGAUUCAAAAGAACAAUCAAGAGAUUGA